AGCCGUUAUGUUGCCAUUGUGAUGGGUGUACAGGCAUCGAGAUCGUCUUUUUGAUGAAAAGUGGAUAUAUCUGUGCUGGUAUGCGAUGAGAUACUAAACUUCUUUAAAUACAAACACCUCUUUUCUCUCGAUUUCGCGCCUCUUGGACCGUCCAUGGCUUCAGCGCCAUCCAUAAGAUCAUUGCUUGGCUUUCUAGUCAUAUUUUCGCAAUGCAUCACUUUGCCAUCUCAUCACCUGUUGUCAAGUCUACAAGUGAACUACAUUUCAAGAAUACAAUCAGCCCGCUCGAUGACAUUGUUCAUGAGGUUAGAGGCAUUGUUUAACCAUGCUAUAUGGGAGAAAGGCCGCAUGUCACAUCCUGACGUCUUUUUAUGCGGGCUGACUACUCAAAUCCUGAGUUGUCGAGCUUAUUUACUCCACGGGUUUCCAUAUGACGUCAUCGCCCGAACACUAAGCAUCAUAUCGAUCUAAUUUUGCACUACACGCGACUAACUAUCAAUCACGGCUCUUCGUUGUCUCUUUCACAUGCCCGUCCUGACGGGUAUACCAAUACGUGUCCUGAGAGUGAAAGUACUCGUGGGUGUGCAUGUACAGGUGUACUCCUGCCCGCCUGUUCCCCCUUCU